AAAAAAAAAAAACCAGCGGUGCGGGACGCGACCAGCCACCGUUCCUCCCCAUGGCCAUGGCAGGCGCAGCCGCACACGCCAGCAUCCUCUAGAGAUCCCGCCCUCGCCCUUCACUCUAGGGUUUUCUUGGAGCGCCGCCGCCAUCGCCUGCACCGCCGCCGUCUCCACCACCCGUCCCGCUGACCUCCUCCCGCAAGCACGGCAGUGCUCCUCCGCAUCGCGCGACCUACGGCCGGCGCGGCCCCGCGGUGCUCCCGCCCCCCCGGCAGCGGCAACGAUGAAGAUAGAGAAGGCAAACGCAGGACAUCUCACCAACUUCGAAGUUCUCGACUUCCUGCGAACUAGAGGUGCAAAAACCGAUCCCAUGGGUUGCUUGGGGGCCGUUGCCGCAUCGGAGUGUAAGGUAUAUGAGUUCCUCCUGAAAACUCCCGCCUGCAACCAGACAAAGGAAUCGGUUUCUGAAUUCGCAAAGAGAUGCGAGGGUUUCAAGCUUACUCAAGCGGAGAAGCUAAACAUAAUCAACUGGAGACCGUCCUCCGUUCCUGAUGUCUAUUCGAUGGUAGAGGAGUGUGCGAAAAGAUUUUGCAGAGAUGAGCAAGGAGUGCCAUGUGACGGGGAACAACGUGCCACAGAACUUUUGAAUCUUGUAAAUGAGGUUUUGCCACCAGCACCCACUGAGCCUGAGGAUGAAGUGAUGGAGGACGCCUGAAAGGGUCAGAUUCUCGACGUCAGAUACAUAUUGUCAGAUCAGCCCGUAGCUUAUGUCUGCAUACAUGUUCUAGAGUAACAGCAGUUCUUAGGGGCAGAAGACCAUGUUGUCUGAUGCAUCCAUGCUAGAAACGAAGAUUUAACUUAGGAGCUUCAGUGGCAGUUGAGGCUCUGUUCACCCUUUGUUGGAAACGAAAAUGAACUAAAAGACUAAGCAUUUUCUUUA